CUCUUCCCUCCUCCUCUUCUUGUCCAUUGCUGCUGCUCCGCCCCGCUCCUCCGCGCCGGCAUCGCGUGCUCUUCGUCGCCCUCGCUCCGCCCUGGACGGCCGCCGCUCGCUCCUGCCUCUGGCCGCCGAGCCCUUCCACUCGUUUGUCUGAUCUCUGGCGUGUUUCAACACCCUGGCCCGCCUGUCUGUCUGUCGCACACAGCCCACCUGCUGUUGCUGCUACCACUGUCGCUUGCGCACACGCACCCACGCUCGCUUCCUUCUCUGCUCGACGACCGCGCGAUUCGAUUCCACCACCACCACUACCACCACCACCCGUCGCCUGGCGCGCACAUGCUCAGCAUCACGAUCCCCUCGCCCUUGUCCCCACUGCUGAGGCCGGCCUUGCGCGCACACACACUACCACUACUCCGCUCGCUGUGCUGACCGGAUGUCUGUUCCGCUCCCGGACCACUCCCUGAGCGGCCACUGUUCGGGAAUCUACGAGAACACACUUUAUGUGCUCAACAACGAUGGCCGACUCCAAUCACUUCCGCUUAAAGAGAACGCAACAUGGACCGAAGAACAGCGCGCCGAGACAGUACGAAGCCCGGCUUGUGCACAGUCAGCAGGUCGGGAUGCUGCGCUGUUCGUGAUCGGAGGCAGCAGCCAGGACGAUGAAUACAUGGGCUUGCAGAAGUACUCAUUCAGCAGUGCGACAUGGGAAAGCCUGUUUCCAGUUGUGAACAACCUGCAGAACCGAGUAAACCAUAGUGUCGCCUAUCUCGAGGACUCGGACUCCAUUCUCGUAUACGCUGGCUUGCAAGAGACCACGGGCUCCGAUCUAUCCUCACAGACCUUCCUGAUCUCCGCCCAGCCGCCGUACAACAUUCGUUCCUUUACUUCCAAUGCCCCUCCUGCCAACAAGCCAGUUCUCACGGCCUGGAACAGCAGUCAUGCGGUCAUGGCCGGCGGUCAGACCUUGUCCAACCAGAUCUGGCUGUUUGGACCUGAUGGAGGCUGGACACAACAUCCGACUGAUCUUCCUGAACCGCUUCACCCUGCUUCUCGAGCCGCAUUGAUCGAUGGUGACGAUGGCAGCAAAGUAUUGCAAGUGUAUAAUGUGCACACGUCGCCCAAUACUGCCCAAGGACUAGUUCUCUUGAAUGACGAUGGCCAGCCCGCUCGCACCGGACAGCUUGUCGGUCGACCGCGGUCUUCAGGAUCAGACUCAGAAUCGCAAAACCAGAAAAGGGACCUGAGCUUAUCCGAUUGGCCUUCGUACAACGACACAAACGCUCCUACUGCCACCCGGACCGAUUGCUCAAUAGCCCAGGGGCCAAAUGGAACGAUUAUCAUGGCUGGAGGCAACGAUGAGGAGCCUAUCGUCAUGUACAACCAGGAAGAGAAUUCUUGGAUCGACGUGAAUCGAUUCUUCGAAUCAAAGCAGCAACAGAUUCUCCGGCCCUCCUCUACGACUUCAUCUACCACAACGCCGACAUCAACGACCCAGUCAACAGCUACAGAGAGUUCUUCGGGCAGUGGUGCGGCCGGCACAUUAGCACACGAUCGCACGAUGAAGACUCUUGGCAUUACUCUGGGCACUCUCUGCGGUAUCGCUGCUCUCUUUAUUCUCAUUCUCUUGUUCUUGAGGUGGAGGAGGCUGAAGCAAAAGAACAAGUAUGGCGGCAAUUUGCACGAAAAGCAGCGCGACGGGGCUGGAGAUGGCAUGGGCAACCGCCUGAGCUUUGCGGAUCGAGGCGCUUCCUUCAUGAAGGAAGCUGGAAUGUCUACGCAUGAUUUAUCCCCUCCGGACCGGACGAAUCUUGAGCGCGCCAACGCCGGGUCGCACAGCUCUCUGGCGAUUAUUACCAACAAAUGGGCUGGCAACAAAGGCAAUCCGUACGGCCAUGCACAGAAGGCGAGUUUCGAGAGCACUGCUCAACUUGUUAAGGACAGGGAGGGCAAUGAAGUUGCCGCCGAAAAUCACGAAAUGAUGGAUAUUGGGACGAAGAGGGCGCUGCCAAACUCGACUUUAGCUGUUCCUGGGGCAGUUGCUAAUGGCACUGCUCUCGACAAGGAUACGCGUAUUGAACGAAAGCGGAGCUCUGGCUGGUCGAAAUACUUCGCGACCAGCGCGCCAGAGGGACCUAAUGGCUUAUCGCAUAUCCCUUCAGCAUACGUCAAGCCCACUUCAGUUGGCCGCGACGUUGAUUCAGAGUAUUCCAUGGAUGGGCGGCCUUCGACGGCGUCCAGGAUACCGUCCUCCGCUCUCGUGCCGCCUCUCGACAUUGACUUCACCAAGACCAUGGACGGUCAACGCCUCUCUCACGUGGCUUCCAAAUCGCCCGCGUUUAUGGAUUCUCGGGAAGACCUUGCGAGAACGGGGAGUGCUGGCGUUGCCUCAGAUGGUCAGCAAGGGCAGAUCGUGGAUCCGCGCAGCUCGCAAGCAACGAGUAUCAAUUCAUACGACAACCGCUCCACCAUUAGCAGUAACGUUACGAGCGAGUACUUCCACGAGACACAUACGCCGUGGACGCCGAUGAAUGGAGACGUUGCCGACCGCGGGCGUGCUACAAGUAGUGUGUACACCAACAGCGUUCGCGCGCCUUCCCGUGGCCGAUCGACGGGCUUCUUUCCUGGCGCUGGGACAAGUUACAAACCUUCUACCAAAGUCAAGCUCAGUUCCACGGCUGGUCCGUCAUCUGAGUGGGCUUCGCCGAGGGCUCCCGCGCUGUUCGCUAAGCCUGCUGAGGACCGUGAUAGUACCGUAACAGUCUUUCCAGGAGCUCCAGCGGACGAUACAUCACGCGCGCAUCCAGGUCUCGCAGACCUUCCCCCACCGCGAGCGCCGGGCCUGUCAAGUCGACCCGCAGAGGCACGCGAUAGCACUGUGACAGUCUUCCCAGGGGCAGACUACCUCGACAGCCCUCCGCGAAAGCGAAAUCCCCAAGCUACAGCUGGAGCGCAGCCAGAGUCUAGGCCGACCAAUACAGAUAUGAGCUGGCUGAAUCUUGGUCUCGGCAGUAAACGAGAGCCUUGAGACAGUUACCACCGCGCUCAUUGAAACGAAUUAUUGUUCCCCAGCAACAGCUUUUACGUACAAUUUGCUGCAUGGCGGAGCGACGGCGCUGGUCAAGCCAUCCGCCACUACAGACAGGAUACCCACGGCCUUCGUCAUCAUGUCACAGCUACUAGAUAGGACCACUCUGCAGCAUCAUUUUUGUCAUGGGGGAACGAGAGAUACCAUAGUCGAGAUUUGUCUUGCUUUUCCAACAUGUGUUCAGAAAGUGUACAUAGUCCAUAAUGUCUCACGGUGCAACGACACCCGCAAUGUCAAUCGGCAUUGCCGUUAAGGAAUACAGAUCGAGCAAGUUCGAGACGCGCAUAUCACGAGCCAUCA